AUGAAACAAAUGCGGCGGAAAAGGGGCCGGGAAAAGAACAAAGUAGCGGCAGCCCCGUGCCAAAACAAGAAGAAGGAGCGGAAGGAGCUUCUGCAGCGGGAAUCUGAGUGGCUGGAGCACAUGAAUGCAGAGCUGAAAACCCAGAUGGAGGAGCUGAAGCAGGAGUGGCAGCAGCAGCAGCUCAUCCUGAUGCUCAGCCGGCAUCACCCCACCUGCAUCGUCAGGACCGACAGCGUUAAGACCCCUGACUUAGAAGGCAACCCACUGCUGGAGCAGCUGGAGAAGAAGUGCCCUGACCCUGACCCUGACCCUGAUCCUGAUCCUGAUCCUGAUCCUGGUGCAAGGCUGGAGAAGGGCACAGUGCCAGGCCCUGCUGUACCCACCCACCAUGGUCCAACUCAGUCCUGCCUGGAGUGCCAGCCAGGGUGCACCCUCGCUGGUCCUGCUGGAGUUGCUGUGGGCACGAGGCGCGGGCGCCCUUCCAAAGCACAUACUCACUGA